AUGCCAGCAUAUUCAUUCACAGACUAUAGAUCACAAGGUCAGACAAUAAGUCACUCCAUUAUAGAUAUCGCGACACCUCCUAGUGGUGGACUCACCCCAUUCAACGUGUAUUUGCUGAUGUCACAUCCCUGUGAAUACUUGCGAGUUGAAGAUGAGAGGUUAAUGAAGUUGGACGUGGAGACGGAGAAAUGGUGGAAUCAAAAGACGCUGAAAUCAGGAGAAGAGCUUAUGUGA